AUGAUGGCCUACAACAGUUUGUUGGAGAAGAUGGGGGACUGGGAUAAGGACCAGCGUUUUAUGGCUGCUUCCGACGUGACAAACCAGCUCCUCGAAUUCCCGCAGCCCCUAGAUGGUCCUCUCCAGAAGCGCAUUUCUACGGCGUUCCUGAAGCAACUCGAGGACGCGAGCAUAGAGGUACAGGGAAACGCCGUGAAAUGUCUCGCAAAAGUCGUAUGCAAGUUCCAAGAACCACUGAUUGGCGACGCAGCAGGAAAGCUCGCGGGUCUGCUGAUCGAUGGGGAAGCCAAGGUUCGAGACAUCUACGCGACGUGCCUCAAGGCCCUUCUGUUAGAGCUGAACCCAGCCAUGAGCACAGCAGUCGUGUGCCAACAGGUGUUGCCAAGGAUACUGGCAGGCAUUCUCUCAGCAGGCAGCCCGCCGGAAGUUAAAGAGGAAUGCGUUGAUGUCCUCUGUGAGGUAUACAUUGGCUUUAAGAUCGUUAGGCUUCUGGUGUAGUUGUAGUCCUUUAUUUAGUAAAACAAGAACAAACUUUCUUUCUCGAAUCAUCUAUUCUAAGUACAUCUUUUACUAGUACUGUGGUCCUGGUGGCCUGUGCUCCGGUUUCUUUUGUCGAUGUAGUUAGUAAAGUUUUCUUCACGAGCAGGUCCUUCGGAGGUUCGGAGAUAACAGUCGCAUCCAAGCUGACCGCGUUACUCAGGGGCUGCUGAAUUUGCUGCAGUCGCCAGCCACAAAGUUGAGUCUGCGGAAAAAGACGACCGUCUGCAUCGGUAUUUUGUCCACCGUCUUACUCGAGAGGCAAUUGGAUGUGUUGCUACGAACGCUGCUAGAACUUGUGAACGGCGCGAAGAGUUCAUCAGACCGAAUGAUUUUCAUCCAGUGCAUCUCGACUAUAGCGCGGAACGCACCUGGUAGAGCCUUCUCGCCGCACGCGCACACGGUCAUACCACUCCUAUUGCAGAUUUGUCGGGAAGCUACUGGGCCAAACGCAGAGGAUGCACCGGACAGCAGUGAGACAGUGGAAUAUUGUCUUUCGGCAUUCGAGGCAUUUGCAGGCAAGCUGAAGGAACUAGGCGAGGCUCAGUACUUCGAGCCCGUUCUAGAACUCGUCUUGGCAUUGAUCAAGUUCGAUCCGAAUUUUUACGGCCACGAAGACGACGUGGACAUGGAGGAUGAAGCAGAUCAGGACUACGAGUUUGAGGACGACUCCGGGGAUGACGAUGAGAGCUGGAAAGUCAGGCGCGCAGCCUACAAACUCGCGAGCGCUUUGGUCAUAGGGAUGCCGCAGCGUCUCGGAGAUGUGUACGACCGUUUUGCGCCAGCGUGCAUUGGCCGUUUCGCGGCCGAGCGCGACCCGAAUGUCAAAGUAGACGCCUUCCACGCCAUGGAAGCGUUGGCUCGAGCGGCUGCUGGAACGGCACCUCUUGGCCACGUCUUAGGUCAGAAGGGUGGACAAGGCGGGAGCGCAGUUUCAGGUGCAAAUAGUCAGAGCGGAUCAGGCUUGGCUAACCUUGGCGGAGGUAGUACGGGAUCCCGACAGGUUUCACGCGAGGUGGCUGGUCAGUUCGCGCCGAGACCGCGAUCACCCACGGAAACGCGCACCGGUGCCGGACUAGUGAUGGGCGCGGAAGGUGCCUCGUCAGGAAGUCUUUCGGCUUCAGGAAGUAACGGCAGCGUGCGAGGCCGCGCCUCUCUCGGAGGAGUAGCAGUGCAGACGGACAAACUGGUCGCGUUGAUGCCAACGCUGGUCGGAGCGCUGGCGAAGCAGCUUACCGGCAAAAGCCGUGUCGCGGCGUUCUCAGUUCUGAAGUCGCUUGCGCAACUUCUGCCAACACAGUUGGAGCCGCCGCUCCUCGAGACGCCAUCCGCGGCGGCGAGCUUUCUCGGGGGCCUUCAGGAUACCACACACAGCAUCGUGCUGGACACACUCGCGAUACUCAAGGCGCUUGUCGCGAACUUUUCGAAAGCUACAAUCUAUCGGCAACUGGCACCAACGGUGGUUCCAAGGCUCCUCCAAAUAUGCCGCAGUUCGGCGUUGCAAAAGGCCAUCGCAGAGUCGUUCAAAGUUUUAAGCGGCCUCAUGUAUGCGUUGCGAGCACAGGCCACGCACGGCGCAACCGCGGAAGUGGAACGAAUGCUCACCGCACAGGUACAGCCGCUCUUCGCCAUAUUGCAGGAGAAAAUGACAAAGACAGAUCUCGACCAAGAUGUCAAGGAAGCGACGCUUGAAUGCUUAGGUCACACGCUCGCAUCCAUGGCAGACAUUUUCGACGAAGAGACGCAAAAAUGUCUGCCGCCGUUUGGUACUUACACCUUCACUCACCAUCCGUGAUCAUCUUGAUUGCACCUUCACUCACUCUCCGUCUUGAUAGUUGACUAGUUUCAUUGUGGUCCUAUAAUUACCACUACCUCCAGCAGAAUGUGAAUAAUGAAGAACUUUUUGGUUCAAGUCAAACUCCAACUGAGUUAGAGUCUUUUUCUUGUUCUGCUGAUAUCUAUCAAAUCUCAACAACUACCAGUUGAGCGCAUGCGAAACGAGUUGACUAGGUCAACAGCGAUGUCGGCGUUCAAGACCAUGUGCGCAUCGCCAUACACGGUUCAAAUUCCAAACGAGAUGCUUCAUACGCUGUGUACUUUCCUAACAUCUUAUUUGUCCCAAAACCAGCGUGUUUUGAGACAACAGAGUCUCGAUUGUCUCGGGCAUGUCCUUAGGAAGUAUCCGAACCUGCCUGAGAAAACGCAGCUUCUGGCGGUGUCCGCUACGUCAGCGUUUUUCACAGACACGGACUUGUAUUGAUUCUUUAUUGUUCUCGCGACAAGUGAUAGUGAUUUCAAGGUCAUAAGCACAUUAGUGUUAUUUCACAUGAAAUUUUCAAAACCUCCUGCGCAGCACAAAGAGGACUUUAUGAAGCAGUGGAUGUGGACGGACUUGCUUAGCCCUUCAUCUACGCUCCGCUUUCCUUUCUCAAGGUACUUGACCGAUCUCGCCGUGCAGGUGUUGAUAAAUGCGCUGAAGUCACCCGUUGGCACGAGCGUUGCCAUUUCCGAGGUCAUCGCACAGCGAUGUCUUCCUGGCAUACUCCACUGUACGCGAUCGCCGCUGCUUCAGGGUGGCGCACUGAACUCAAUUCUCGAGUUCUUUAGCGAGAUAUCUUAUCACAGUGAAAACCGCAAUCUCAAUCUGAAAAGCCUCUUUCAGCAACUAAUGGACGUGCAGUCUCUGCGAGACUCUGAAAAACUUACGACUGCAGCGGCGGUGCGAACGGUCAUCGCAAAUAUUGCGAAAUGUAUCGCGGCUCUUGCUAUCGUGUCGCAGGGCAUAGACACUCUCAUUCAAGACUUCGCAAGUACUUAUGAAAAUUUGAUUUUGUUGUAUGUUGCUGAGGCAGAAGUUGUGAAGUAUUUCCAUAAAAAAAUAUCAUGAUCAUGCUAAGUCAUUCACCCCGACCCCGUCAUGAAAAUUUUUGAUCUUCUGUUCUGAAAGAUUCUGUUUUUGAAUAUUGUCUUACUUCGUGUAUAAUCAACAGGUGUCCUUGGUCCUGCAUCAUCGCCCGAGCAGCCGCCACCAGACCUCCUUUCAGUCGAGCUAGCGCUCCUUUCUCUGGGAGAGAUGGGAAAGUUUGUGGACCUGUCGAAGCAAGCUACCGCGACUCCAGUUGCAGAACUAUUCCUAGCACACUUGGAGCGCACUGACAGUGACGACGUUGCGCAUGCCGCGGCCCUAGCCCUCGGCUUCGCGACGAUGGGCGCGCGAGAAGUUUUCCUCCCCUUAUUGCUGUCUCGCAUCGAGAGUCAGGCCGAUGCUAGCGGAAAGCAGCAGUAUCUGCUAUUGACCGGGUUCCGAGAAAUAUUGUCGUUGGAGCAAGAACGACGAGGCGGCAGCGACUACUUAUCGCCGCAGCACAGCGGUAGCUACACGAAUGGAACAGCUGCGAUGAUCGUUGACGCAGGAAACAAGACAGCGCUUGUACAACCGCACAUGGAGAAAAUUGCGGCUGUUCUAGAGUCGCAAGCUGAGUCCAACGAAGAAGGCGUAAGAGGCAUUGUCGCUGAGUGCUUAGGGCAUUUGAUGCUGAUCGAAAAAGAGUCAGCUGUUCGACUACUCGAGAAAAUGAUCGCGUCUUCGGAGUCACCGCGCGUUCGAUCAUGCGCAGUCGGGGCGAUCAAAUACGCAGCAGGCGCCAAGAGUUCUCUAGCAGAAGAGCCGCUCAUAGGCCUUAUGCCCACAUUCAUCAAGUCGCUGGAAGACGACGAUGUCCUCCAGGUAUAUGGAACUGCAUAUGAAGUUUUUAUUGGUUCUUGCUCAAUAAUGAAUAAAUAACUAUAACAGAAUCGGCAAUCCAUAACAAAACGAUUAUUUGGGCGUAUUGAUCAUCAUCAUUAAUUCCCUUUAUCACUGCGACUGCGGCCUCGUAGAAGGGCAUCUUUAUCAAUAUUUCUCCUUGAAGAGGGAUUCAUCUUCGACUUCUUGUUCAGGUUCGGCGAGCAACAUUGCAGUCGAUUUUGACACUACUCACGUCGAACGGAGGACGAUUAGCGCACCUGUUGGCCGAGAACGUCACGUAUAUUUCGCAACGCUGCGUGGAAGAAGGCAAAAUCAACCCGAGCUUUGUGCGAGAAGUUGAUCUAGGACCGUUCAAGCACAAAGUGGAUGACGGUCUAGUGGUCCGGAAAGUCGCAUUCUCAGUCAUGAAUGCCGUUAUCACUGUCUUCGGAGAAAAGGUAAUUUGGCUCUAUUAAGCUAAUGUCCCUAGAUGAAAUCGAAGUAGAUUACUUUCUUUGUUUAGCUACUCGCUGAAAUUCGUUCUCGUGAAUCAUGACAUGGUGGCACAUGUAGUUGAUUUUCCUCGCAACUCCCUCUCUCUUCAGCUUGUCCCCGCAGCGCAGGAGGGUCUGUUGCUUGGUUUUCUUUCCGUUGGCUUCGCUGACAGCGAUGAUGUGCAGCAACUUUGCUGCAACCUGAUAGCGGACACCUGCACGAACUUCUGGCUUUCUUCAACCCUCAGCAUCGAGAAAAUGUUUGAGCCUCUCGACCGGAACAUCUCGAAGAAUUCAAAGGUGGUGGCGCAAAAGGGCAAAGAGAUGCAAAAGGCGAGUGAUAUGCUGCGAGCGUACGCACGACUACUAAAGAUUCUGGGGGGACCGGAUGCAGGACCGAGUAGUUUCAAACCGUUCCAGGAUUUCGUCGUUAGAACAUUAAAGGAUCCCAUUUUUGCCCAGGCAUACAAUACCGCGUGAAGUUGAGCGGGCAUUCAGAGACAUCAUACUCGUUGUGCUUAUGAAUCUGAGAACACACCAUGGAGUUUUUCAAACAUUAACAUAUUUUUUUCGUUCCCGAACACGAACUCUGUUCCACUUUGAUUGAGUGAUACAUCAUCAUGAAGAUUUUGGUUUUCCAUAUGAGAUCGACAUCGAUCCGAUCGUGCAGACACAGCGGUCUUCA